CAGGCCGACACCGACCGACACGUCCGCUCUCGUGCUCAGUCUUACUGCAACUGGACGCGGCACCAGUAGCGCUCACACACGCCGAGCGCACUUUUCUCACCCGAAAAGACCGGGCCGUUGUGUGUACAACGUUCUAACAUUACGCGAAGUGCAACAUAUUCGCUCGAAAGCGGUGCUGGGAAAUGGUGUAAACGGUAGCAUAGGUGGAAAAUUCCCCCACCCCACCGGCACGCAAGAGCGAAACGUGUAGAAGCAACAGUAGUGAACGCGCCACUUUUCGCGCGACAGUUUAUUAAAAGAAUCGCGGUCAGUGUUGGCGGGUGAAAAUACAAUUUUUGGCAUCGCUGUGCCGCCCGUUGGGUUAACCGUUGUGGCGGACGACACCACGCACCAAGUGGGUAAACGCUAAGUGGGUUAGUUAGUGCACGCGACGCGACGCUCGAAAGGGACGGUUCCAUGUUGAGGGGUUUAGCAUAGCCGGAGUGCUUGGGGAGGAAGGCGUUAGAGGGUACUGGUGGUCAAUCCAAUCCCAUGGCCGAAUCAAAAGUGACGUUCGACAUCUCGUGGCCUGCUCGAGCGGCUCGGAUGAAGCGACCUUAGCACGAUUUUGUGCUUGUGCCCGUUCUGAAAUCGACACCCGUACACGUGAGGAGACGCCGUGUAUAACCAACCAGCCUCAAGGAAGCGCGAGCGCGUGAUAGUUUCUGUGAUAGUUACCCGAUAGUCGGCCGACUGCAUAUCCCUGCACCGCAUACCCCAUUCAAUAUGGUCACCGCAAGGAGGGCAAUGGGAACGCUAGCUUUAGUUCGAUCAUUAGCGAUAGCGUCACUGCUCUUACUGUUAGUAAUUGCAAUACCAUUGGAAGGAUUAAAAAAUCAUCAAACACAUCAUCAUCGCCUUCGACACGAUGAUGGCAUCGAUGGAAAUGUACUGUCGCACAAGGCUAGCAGCGCCGGUGAAGGAGUCGCUAAUCCAAUCUAUCCGCUGCUGGUACCGUCCCAGCAGCAGGACACUGCCACACUGACCUACAACGACGGUGGCAAGGUCACCAUUGUGCCACUGAUCCAGAGUCACGGUCGACCGGCAGCCGGCACCGACUGUCAGUAUUAUCGGGAGGCAACGCGAGCCCACACCCGACACAACGACGAUCGAACGAGCACCGAACUUGUAAGCUGUGAUGGCCGGAUCCGGGGGACGGUACGCCUACCGGAAGGAACGUUCCGUAUCGAGUACAAUGCCACCGCUGGGGUUCAUUUUGUAAAAAGACUGAAAGAUCCGCAACGCCGACCGCUGGUUGGACGGCAGCGUACCAAACGGAAUCAUCUCAGCACGAUCAAGGGUCCGUACCAGGCAAACGCUCACUCAAGCUACGUUGAGCUGCUGCUGGUUGCCGACAAUUCGCUGUUCCGAAAGCUGGACCAGGACAUGUGGCAGGUGUAUCAUUACUGUGCGAGUCUCGUUAACCAUAUCAAUAUGCUAUACAAUCCACUUAACAUCUACAUCGCUCUCACAGACGUCGUGGUGUGGAAGGAUACGGACCGCAUCAACGUGUCGACGCGUGCAGAAGAAACUCUCAACAGCUUCCUGGCCUACCGAUCCAGCGUACUGUUGCACGAUCAUCCGCACGAUCAUGCCCAGCUGCUGACGACGAUCGAGUUUAAGGACAAUGUAAUCGGCAAGGCCAAAGUGGGCGGCAUGUGCUCGGACCGCAGCUCAGGUGCAAUCGUGCGCGUGCACACGGACGAUGUGGGCGUACAGGCGAGCACGCUGGCCCACGAGAUGGGCCACAGCUUCACGAUGGAGCACGAUGAGGACGGCGACUGUGCCUGUCCGGAUCGGAAGUGCAUCAUGACGCGGACGGUGACGGGCCUUACGCUGCAGCACUGGAGUAACUGUAGCCUGCAGCAGCUUUCGACCGCGCUCGGCCGGGGGCUGCAUCACUGCCUUUCGAACCGUCCGUCCCAGCUGGCGUUCGAGAGCUGCGGCAAUGGGUUCGUGGAGUCGGGCGAGGAGUGCGACUGUGGGCUGGAGGAGGCCUGCGAGAAUCGGUGCUGCGACGCACGAACGUGCCGGUUGCGUGAAGGUGCCCAGUGUGCGACGGGCGAGUGCUGUGAUCUGGAGACGUGCCAGUUGCGCGAACCGGCCGUACCGUGCCGGGGGCAGCGGGGCGAAUGUGAUCUGCCCGAGUACUGUACCGGGCGGUCGGAGUACUGCCCGCCGGAUGUGCAUCGGCGCGAUACGGAACCGUGUGCUGGCGGCGAGGCACACUGCAUGGCGGGCCGGUGUCGGACGCGAACGGAUCAGUGCAGGGCGCUCUGGGGACCCUCGGGACAUGCGGCCAGCGAAGCGUGCUACGAGGCGAAUACGAAGGGCAUCAAGUACGGUAACUGUGGGUACGAGGGCCGGCCGGCCGAGAGCUUCCGCAAGUGUGCGCCGGCGGAUGUGCAGUGUGGGCUGCUGUUCUGCCACCAUCACAAAGCGGACGAGGAGCUCGAGCUGGGCGAAUACAAUGGUGACUCGCGGUACAGUGUGCAGAAGGGCAAUGAGACGAUGCGGCACGUGCUGUGCCGUUCGGCGUACGUCGAUCUGGGCGAGGGACAGGGCCGCCAUCCGGCCUUUGUACCGGACGGGUCACCGUGCGGCGAGGGGCGGAUGUGUUACAGACAGCGGUGUGAAAGUGUCGAACGAUUGAACGCGUGGGGCAUUGGAGGUAAAGUGUGUGCGCACGGCUGCUUUGGACGAGGGGUGUGCAACAGUGAAGGACAUUGCCACUGCCAACAAGGAUACGAUCCGCCGUACUGUGAGCAUCAGGGCGUUGGAGGAUCGCUUGACAGUGGACCAGCCACUACCGAGACGGGGCUUUGGCGUGACUUGCUAACGUUUGCGGUGCUCACGCUGCUCGGCUGCUCGGUGUUGCUUUUGCUACUGGCCGUCUGCAUUCGAAGCUUUCGCAACGGUGGCUUCGCUCCGUCACACUGGGGACGGGGGCACUGGGGCCGUCCGUGCAGGGUGCGUGGUACUAGUAUGCGGGAACCGAUCAAAACGGCUACCCCAAUUGCGUCUCGCGACAUAUCCCUACCCAAGUACCAUUCGUCCACCCGGGACAUUAGUGACGAUCAGCAGUACCGACCGAUCGGAGGAGGAUCGUCUUGGGAGCAGCUGGGAACAGGAUCGGGCGUACGCGUGCUAGCGGUGCCUCGUUCCCAGCAAGAUGGCCGUGAGCCACCACUAACGAUCGAGUACCGGAUCGUUCCGACCAUUCAACGGCAUGCACCACUUCCACCAGUCCCUGUCCAUCGACAGCGACCAUUUUAGCGUGGCUUCCGGUUUGCUCAAACGAAAACUACCAACGAACAAUAAUCGAAGCUCUCUUUUUAAUGUCGUCUUCGUCCCAUUUUUAACCAUAAGACUAAUGUGUAAGACACUAAAGGCAAUAAAAAGAACACACCCAUCCUUUCUAGUCAUAUCUGAUAAGGGAAUGUUCAGGUUCA